AGAAAGAGAAGCUAUUUUCAUUUCACAUCAUCUCUCUUCCGACCUUAAGCAUCAAUGGUGGCUUCUCUGAGACUUCCUUCUCUCACUUCCCUCUUGUUUCCCGCUACCACUCGCUACCCCGCAGCUCUCCGGCGAACCGUAUGUCUUCGGAACAGGCCUGCUUCCGGAUUCGCGAGUGGCACUGCGGCUUCGACGGAUGCUCAUCGGCUCAGGUCGAAGCAAGCCGUGACGCCUCGGUCGCAGGACUUCAAUGCGUGGUACUUGGAUGUUAUAGCGAGCGCUGAACUCGCGGAUCAUGGUCCAGUUCGUGGUACUAUGGUCAUUCGUCCCUACGGUUACGCCAUCUGGGAAGCGAUUCAGGAGUAUUUGAAUGUGAAAUUCAAAGAGACUGGUCAUAGCAACAUGUACUUCCCUCAGUUUAUACCGUACUCGUUUAUUGAGAAAGAAGCUUCACACGUUGAGGGAUUUAGUCCCGAACUAGCCCUUGUCACUGUUGGAGGAGGAAGUGAACUUGAAGAGAAGCUUGUGGUCCGGCCUACCAGUGAAACCAUUGUGAAUCACAUGUUCACCCAGUGGAUUCACAGCUAUCGUGAUCUUCCUCUCAUGAUCAAUCAGUGGGUCAAUGUCACUAGAUGGGAGAUGCGGACAAAACCAUUUAUCAGGACUCUUGAAUUUCUGUGGCAAGAGGGUCAUACUGCUCAUGCCACUCCCGAGGAGGCAGAGAAAGAGGUCUCUUCUCCAUAUUUGCUGUGUGCUGUAUUGCAGGCAAAACAGAUGAUCGAAAUCUACACCAGAUUUGCUUUUGAGCAAACUGCCAUACCUGUUAUUGGAGGUCGAAAAUCAAAGUUGGAGACCUUUGCUGGUGCUGAUAAAACCUAUACCAUUGAGGCUAUGAUGGGAGAUCGGAAGGCUUUGCAGGCUGGUACCAGCCACAACUUAGGACAGAACUUUUCUCGUGCUUUUGGAACUCAGUUCCAAGAUGAGAAUGGAGAAAGGCAACAUGUGUGGCAGACAUCAUGGGCAGUCAGUACACGUUUUGUCGGUGGCAUUAUCAUGACUCAUGGAGAUGACACUGGUCUUAUGCUUCCUCCCAAGAUAGCUCCAAUACAGGUAGUAAUUGUACCUAUUUGGAAAAAAGAGACUGAGAAAACAGGAGUUCUCAGUGCUGCAUCAUCAGUGAAAGAAGUUCUCCAAGCUGCUGGGGUUAGAGCUAAACUUGAUGACACAUCAGAACGAACCGCAGGAUGGAAGUUCAAUUUCUGGGAGAUGAAGGGAGUCCCUAUAAGGAUUGAAAUUGGUCCACGCGAUGUAUCUAGCAACUGUGUAGUUGUCUCGAGGAGGGAUAUACCGGGAAAAGCGGGGAAAGUUUUUGGAAUAUCAAUGGAGCCGUCAACGUUAGUAGCGUAUGUAAAAGAGAAGCUGGAUGAGAUCCAAUCAUCACUUCUAGAAAAGGCUGUAUCAUUCAGAGAUAGUAACAUAGUGGAUGUGAACUCCUACGAGGAGCUCAAAGUUGCUAUAUCUUCAGGGAAAUGGGCACGAGGUCCAUGGUCAGCUAGUGACUCGGAUGAGCAAAGGGUAAAAGAAGAAACGGGGGCGACCAUUCGGUGUUUCCCGUUUGAACAGACUCAAGGGAUCAAAACAUGUCUGAUGACCGGAAAUCGAGCAGAGGAAGUUGCAAUCUUUGCCAAGUCUUACUAAAGAAGUCCCUCGUUUUUUACGCACAUUCCUAAAUCAUAUCAAAUUUCUGCUCUAUUUCAAAAGAGUCCAAAAGUUCGUUCUAUCUAUCUUGUUAAAACUGAAGUACAAAAUAAAAUUAACUAUAUUUUCAACAAAUUUAUUACAUC